UAUCUCAAAAAAAUUAUCAAAAAUUGAAUCCAAAAAAACACAUGGAGAAAUUGAAAAAAAUACGAAUUGAUUUUUGGUUUGACGUAAGUUUAUCGUAUGCAUGCAAUAAAAAGUAACUUCUACUGAAAAACCAUGGUAGAUUACUGCCCUACAGAUAUUUCAAACAAUCCAUCUUGUCCACACGGACCAUCCGUGCUUUUCUGUAAAAAGAAUUCAUCGAGAAAGUUUUUCGCAUGUUCUGCUUAUCGAAGUCGAAAGCGAUGCCCAUUUUUCUUAUGGGAAGAUGAUCUCAAAAAACAAAAGCAAGCAACGAAAAAUCUAACAAGUCAAUUCGAAUUUAGAAAACUGGAAAAGUUAACAGAACUACCUAAUCAAGAUAGAAACUGGUGUCAUUGUUGCGAGUUGCUGUUUCCUGCUAAAGAAAAGCUCCAACAUAAUAAACAUAAAACUGAAAUCGCAUUGAGUGACGAAGUCUUAUCUCAACCAUCAAUGUUAUUUACACCAAAAGAAGAAUCGAAAGAAGAAUCCCAGUACUAUUUUUCGGAUACCGUUGUUACCACUAUUGUAGGAUUUUUACGUAAUUUAAAUGUGACUUCUGUGAUAUGCUUGGGAUGUCCUCGACUUCACGAAUACAUCCUGAGAAAUAAUGUGAUGAAAUCCAUGCUUUUGGAUAUUGAUACCAGAUAUGUAAAAUUCUACAAUCCAGACGAAUUCCAGCCAUUCAACAUGUUCAAUAGUCACGCUUUCGAUGUCAAUGGUUGGAUUAAUAUCGAACGUUUUGUAACUGAUUCAAAUAAAAUAGCUAUUAUCGCCGAUCCUCCAUUUGGCGGUCAAACUGAUCCUCUUGCUUAUACAUUCAAACGUCUCGAAUCAUUGACGAAAGACAACAACGUAAUAGAAUUUUUAAUACUUCCUUAUUUCAUGGAACCAUUCGUUUUGAAGAGUUUCCCGAAUUUUUCCAUGUUGGAUUACAAAGUAGUCUACGUUAAUCAUCGAAAAUUUAAAAAACUAGAUUCACUGACUGGGAGUAGUAAAUCAGCUGUGAGAAUUUUCACCAACGUGGAACCGUCGAAAUUCAAAUUACCAGAAGACGAGUAUAAAUAUUGUUCCGUUUGUGAUCGAUGGGUUUGUAAAGAAAAUCAGCAUUGUGAUAAAUGCAACGCUUGCACGUCGAAAAAUGGGGCUGCUUAUAAACAUUGCAAUUUGUGUGAAAAAUGCGUAAAAAAUACUUGGAAACAUUGCGAUAUAUGUGGAUUUUGCAAAUUAAUAGAACAUCGUUGUACUCCUGCGUUGAAUAAAAAAGUAAAGGAAAAUAAUAUUAUUAAAAGAAAAAUCAAAUCUCCAAAAAAGAAGAAAAACAAGAAGGCCAGAAGAAAUCAAAACAAUGGUAAUCAAGUUUGAAAUACUUGAUAAUAUCGUAUUUGAUGAUUUUACUAUCGAAUAAUUACCAUAGGACCGCUUUUAUGAACAUUUAUGGUUAAAUAUUUUAUAUGAGUGAUAUUCGGUAGACCAUAUUCCAUCAUGAUUCCAUCAUCAGCAUCUACUCCGCCUACUUUCCUUACUUCUACGAUCAUAGCUCGUUUAUUUUGUGAAUCCAGUAGCAGUACUUGAGCUCCUUUACUCUCAUCGGUUCUCGUUUCGAGUAUUAUUUCGCCAUUAGUACGAUAUUUUGAAUUAAAUGCUGCGAUAUAAGCGAUAGCCUGAUAUUCUAAAAAUUUCGCAGUACCCGAAGACUCGAUUAGUUUAUCGAAUUCAUUACGUAGCCACUGUUUCAAUUUCAAUUCCAAAGAUGUGAAAUUUUUAUCCCUAGAAGUAAAUAUUUCUUCAAUUA